CCCUAGGAAAACAGCUGUGCAGCUAAAGCUAGUUAGCAUCGUUUGUUUGUGUCGUGUGUGUCAGCGAUUCGAGCCGUUCCUUGAGCAAAGCGAUAUCGUUCAACUUCGGAGUGACCGACUUGUUGUCUGUCAUCUCUUUUAACGAUGAAGUUUCAAUACAAAGAGGAGCACCCUUUUGAGAAAAGGCGGUCCGAGGGCGAGAAAAUAAGAAAGAAGUAUCCCGACAGGGUACCUGUAAUUGUGGAGAAAGCCCCCAAAGCCAGAAUAGGAGAUCUGGACAAGAAGAAAUACCUUGUCCCCUCUGACCUGACAGUGGGCCAGUUUUACUUCCUCAUCCGGAAAAGAAUCCAUUUGAGAGCUGAGGAUGCUCUCUUCUUCUUUGUAAACAACGUCAUUCCACCCACCUCAGCUACCAUGGGACUGUUGUACCAGGAGCAUCAUGAAGAGGACUUUUUCCUCUACAUUGCCUACAGUGAUGAAAGUGUGUAUGGGAGCAGCCAAAGGGAAAUCUGAUCCCACUACCACCCCGCCCCACCCCCUCCAACCACUACCAACCUUUCUGAGACCUCCACCAUUCAUUCAUUUAAAUAUUAAAUCCAGCUCAGCAGCCUAGAGUUCCCAGAGUAAAAUAUGUCAGAUGCACUUUCACCCCCAUACAUUACCCCUGUCCCAUCCAUUUAUGUCUUUAUUAUUCUGCAGUCUGAAUUGUAUUUGCCUCCAGUUUUCUUUUCAGUAACGACUUGGGUUCAGUGGUCUCGUGGCCAGUUACUUUUCCAGUGUCAUAAUUAAUCAUAUUUUACUGAAAACAGUGAGAAAGAAUAAUAAAAAAAUGUUAGGCCGUAAUUAUAGGCAUGCCCAGGGUUAGGGGAAGAAAGGCACGCUAUAUGAGUUCAAAUUAAUUCUUACUGACAGUUAAGAUAGGUAUUAGCUGUUUAUUGUUUGCUGGCUUGCAGGGAGACAAAGUGUGUUUUGAGUUUAGGGUAGGAAAUCGAUAGGAUCUUCCGGCCAAACGCGGGUUAUUUUUGGUAUCUGGCAGAAUAAAGGAUAACUGUUUUGCAGCAGUUCUUUUUCAUAGAAAAAGUUGCUAGGUGAUUUUAAAAAAAAAUCACCUGGUUCUGAAGUCUGUGAAUGGAAAUUUAGUGUGCUACCCCAUAUCUGACCUUUGCAAGGAGUAUAAUAGAAUUCAGACUUAACAAUCAUCCUCUGCUUUCAGUGGUAAGACUAUUAUGUUGACUGCUUCUAUGAUUAUUGUUGUUAUUGUUAAUUUUAGAUGGCUUAAUUUCUAAAGGUAUUGUAAAGCUGAGUGAAAUUUUCUUUUUUUUAAGUUUGUCUCCUUUUUUAAGAAAAAAAAUAUUUGAACUCUGUAUACAGCUGCAUUACUGGCUCUUUCUCUCCACUCAUGACCAUACAUGAUAAAAUGUGAUGAAAAACUA